CGGCUGUUAACAAGCAGGCGUUGCUACAGGAGACUGGGCCUUCCUGCGGGCCUCGGUGUGUAGCAUGUGGAGGCCCGGCACUGCCUGUGUUUUUUCCGCUGCCGCGCGUGUUGCAGUCCGCAGUUUGAGCCAGGGCCUUGGGUGGCGGAAGGAGGCAGCGUGGCCCCUGAGAGGAACCAUAGCGGCUUCUUCCAUCCUUCACAGUCGGCCGGAUUCUCACCAUCAUUCUGCAGACCAUGUUCUGAUGGUCAAAACCAAGAGAGUUCAGCUGAUAUGUUUAAGAAGUGUAGGGAUGAUCAAUGACAAGAGCUUAUUAGAUGAAACUACCUAUGAAAAACUUGCUGAAGAAACACUGGAGUCAUUAAUGGAUUUCUUUGAGGAUUUGACAGACAAGCAUUUUAUUCCUGAAGAUUAUGAUGUCUCCUUUGGGAUUGGAGUGCUAACAGUUAAAUUUGGUGGAAACGUGGGAACAUAUGUGAUCAACAAACAGACUCCAAACAAACAGAUAUGGCUGUCCUCUCCAACCAGUGGCCCCAAGCGUUAUGACUGGACUGGGGAAAACUGGGUAUAUUCUCAUGAUGGAGUUUCCCUUCAUGAACUACUGACAAAGGAACUUUCAGAUGCAUUAAAGACUAAGCUGGACUUAUCAACUUUAGCAUAUGCUGGAGGAAAACAUACUUGAUGACUCAGACUUUGGCCCAUGGUGUCUUCCUUCUCUUCCUCCUUUUCCCCUCAACUUUUUGAUGUGUUCAUUUGAGUUGCAAUUCCGAAAAAAAAAUUUGUACAACAGAAGAAAGUAAAAAAAAAUUCUUUAGCUAGAUAUGUUUGGUUAUUUAUUCCCCCUUUUGUCUUGCUCCCAAAGAUUGACAUUGGUGGUUGCUAUCAUAUUAUGCUAUCCUUUUGAUAGCACAGCUAGAGAGCUUUUCUCCAACAGAAUCCACAACUCUCCCAUUUAUGAGGGACUGUAGAAAUGUAACCAAGACUGCUAUGAAGUCAAGGAUAUUCAGAUGUUACUUAGCUCAGCUGGAGCCCAAUAAAAAGCUUGUCCACAAGAGAGCAGUCUUUGCUGCAGUAUGGUGUUUGUGUUAGGUUUUUCAUGUGAGUCACCUGGUGGCAACAGCAGCAGCCAUAUGAGUGGAAGCAUUUUGUAUCAUUGGUAAGCCUAAGGAGUUAAAUCCACUGUACCACAUUCCCAGCCCUGUGGAGCACCACAGCAUACACCUCACCUUUAUGGGUGGUACUCCACCUACUGUCAGCUAUGCUGCCAUGAAG